AUGGGUUACUGUAGGUGAGGAGUUACACAACCUUCCAGUUGAUUCCUUAUGACACAUUUUCAGCCCGAGCCCCCGUCACACACUAUUUGCGCCGAUUUUUGGAGGAAACGGGCGGCCGCCGCCGCCACACAUUCCUCUCCGCCUCGUUUCCACUGAUAACGACGCCUCCUAUUCUCAAGUUUCGCUUAUCAGUGAGUGCCUAGAGACGCCAGCCAAACUCUGCUCGCACACACACAAAUACUACUACAAUAUCAGUUGCGUGUAUGUACAUUCUAACACCAUUUUAUAUUGUCUUUCUCCUCCUCCUCACUUUUUCCCCUUUACAUCGCGUUUUUCAGCAGCAUGGGACGAGACCUACAAGUCGAUUUGAACGCGGCACUGGUGGCCGUCAAACAAAAGUGUGUGGACUUGGAUGAGACUGUGAAACGCGAGGAUCUGGUGAGAAAAUUAGUGUGUCUAGUUGCGUGGCAUUUUUUUCGUGCAUUUUCCAGAAGCCCAUCAAUCGCGGACGUGGCUAUUUGGGUGUCAAGCGCUACAUUUAUGCGUUGACCACUAGGAACAAUGAGGUGAGAUGAGGGGAAGGUUUUUUUUUCAAAUUUUCGAAUACUGUUGACUCAUUGCGUCGUCAUGAUUGCAAGCAAAUGUCAAAAAGCGGCGGCGGCGGGGGAGGGGGGUGACGAUAAGACGUUUGAUGACGUGGCAAUCUUUCAGAAUUCGCUGAGCCGUCGUGGUGCGCGAUCGUUGACGCGUGUGUAUGUGGAGCAAAAGUUCUAUCGAUCGGUAGGCAUCUCGCAUCGGAGAAGGCGUGGCAAUAUCCUCGAAACGUUUCAGAAAUCCGUGCCCACUCCGGAUCAGGUGCAACGUCUCGAGGACUGCGCGCAGGACUACGGUCCGAACGGCGAGGAGCGGCUCGAGUUCACCGAGACGAUCGUCGCUCCGCUGGAGGAGCUGAUCAAAGAGGACGAGUCGCAUCGUCGCAUCGUCUCGCAACGAUUGCCGAAAGGCCACGGCGAGUGGGACCACGAGUUGGCCGUCUACGAGGAGGACGGCGCGUCGGGCCUUCUCGAGGAUCGGACGUUGACGUUGCGCGCCGGCGACCAUCCGUUCGGCAUGAAUCAGUUCAACGAGGUGGCCGAGGGACUGAGCGCCCGCAUUGCAAACUUCUUCGGACAGCAGCGAGACGAGGAGAACCGGAUCCGAACGCGCGAACUGUCGCUUUCGGUGACUCCCGUCUAUCGUCACGACGACGGUCACGCGUACACCUCGUUCGGAAUGACACGGAGCAAGUCGGUGGGCUCGGUGGCUCCACAACCCGUCGAGCCGCGGCGGCCACGUCUCGAUAAGAUCCACGAGACGACCAACUCGCUGAGCAAUCUCUACCGCGUCCAGACGAAACACGACUACUCGUCGAGGUACGGAAACUAUGCGUCGGGAUACGGUCGAUUCGGCCGAGGUGCCGACCCGCAAGUCUUGCCGAAAACGCCAGCGAACAGAGAGGUCGUGGAGCACGUGUACGACGAGCCGAUUGUGAGCCGAGGGACCACGUCGAAGUACGAGAGAAAGUACGACUUUAAGUAUGUUUUUGAAAGAAGAGUCUGAGCAAAAGUUUGUUUUGAGAAGUACUUUCCCGCCGGACGUCGAGAUGCCCGAGGGUUAUCACGCGUAUUAUGAUCCGAGCAAGUUCAUGUUCCUCGAUCCACAAGGAUAUUAUCAGGUUAGCUACAGUAGUUUGAUCUACUAACCCACAUUCCCAGGGCAACAUCACGCGGCCGUUGCACUACUCGUACUCGCGUGACUACCUGGAAAAGUACUCGGACUACGAGGGCACCUCCCGUCGCCAAUCGCCGCUCCCGCCGCCGCCCGUCGCUGAGCCUCUCGUCUACACCACUCUCAAUCGGAGCGCCGAUGUUCCGCACUCGACGACGCCUCAACGGUCCGUGUUCCCCGAUUAUUACGACGCGAGCUCGAGAGUCGUGCUCCGACGUACCGCCGAUCUGCGGCAUCAGGAGCUCGGCCUCGGCGCGCUCGUCUUCCCGGACUACUAUGACAACUCGACGAGACGAGUGCUCCGGUACACGCACGAGCUGGAGCAUCAUCCGAUCGAGAUUGCUCAAUUCGCCGACUACUACGACCUGGCCACUCGGUAUCCGGUGCUUCAGAGGACUGAAGACAUUGUCCAUGACCCCAUCAUCAUCCGGGAAUUUGCUGCGUAUCGACCCUACGAGGUUCAGGAGAUUGUCGAGACGUUCGACGAGGAGGAGCCGGUCUACGAGGAGGUUUACGAGCCGGUGCUUCCAGUUCUGGCGUACACCGCCGACCCGCAUCACAUCGUCUUCAUCCCGAGCGUUCCGUUGACGCCUCCGCCACCACCACCACCGCCAUCAGAAGAGAUCCACGUGGCGAUUCCGGUGCACGUCAUCGACGAGAGCCCGGUGCCCACCGCACGUCGUCACUACGACGAAAUCUACGUGGGCCAGGAAGCGCUCGCCGUCUCCGUUUCGCCAACGUUCGGCCAAACGACCGACCAUCAAAAGAGUCUCGGACUGGAGAAAAGUGUGCAAUUGCGGGUGCGCGAGAUGGAGGACGCACUUGCCGGCGACCGAAAACGACACGAACUGGAGGAGGAGGAGAAGAAGGCGCGACGGUUCCACGAGCGACAGCACGAGAUUCGGCUGGCGAGAGAGGAAGAGGAACGGCGGCUCGCCGAAGAGCAGGAGGCUGAGAAGAGUGAGCUAAAGGGGUUACGCGGUAGUGGUGAACGGUACAGUACUGUAGGCGCUUCGUCACCUUGCAAAAUCAAGUGUGAGAAGAGGAGAACGCCGAGACGUGAGUCUAGGUAGAGCCUGUGUCGAACUAGGAAGCUUCAGCUAGAUAGAUCCCCCCUACUAACGUUCUCAAAACUCUCGAAUUGUCAGGCAAAUCGACGCCGGCAGUGCUGCCACAGCCCGUCCACGUGCCCGAUGUCUUUGUGAUCCCGGAGAAGCCGAAACGUACUUGGCAGCCGCCGCCGCCGCCGAACCCCGAAGAGCAUCUGGAGGAGCACGAAGACAGUACGUCGUCACCAGGGGUGUGCGGAAAAUAUUUCGAUUUUCCGAAAUUUUCCGAUUUUCGGAGAAAUUUUCGGAAAAUUAGUGUGGAUUCAAGGUCAAUUUGUCCGAAACCACCGUAUGCUUUUUAAAGGCGCAUCACAAAAUUUUUUUUUUCUGUACUCCCGCAACGACUGCAGAAACGGAGCGACUCUUUUCAACCGCGCGUCUCAUUCUCACUGACAAUCGGAAAACACUGGACCCGGAGAGCUUCUCUCGGCUAAUUUUUUUGCAAAAAAAUAUUCCAUUGCUUGGCUUCCGCCCACUCAAGUGAUUUCAAAUCAUAAUAAGCAUUUUUUUGUAUUAGAACGUUGUUUAAACACUUUAUUGAACCAAUGAACAAGUGAGUUUUCCGAUUUUUCCGAUUUUUCCGAAAUUUUCCGAAAAAAAAAAUUCGGAAAACCCGAUUUUCCGAAAUUUUCCGAAAAAAAAAAUUCGGAAAAACCGAUUUUCCGAAAUUUUCCGAAAAAAAUUUUCCGCACACCCCUGGUCGUCACCUUUCGCCUUUUUUUCCCCAAUUGUUCAUUUGCAGAGCCGCUUGGCCCGGUGAUCUUCCACGAGCUCAUUUACAAAGAGGGCAUUCUGCGUAAAAAGUACGAGGAGGAGCACUGGCGUGCGACGGUGCGUCCGGUGUCGCGUCCGGUUUCGCGCGCCAAUUCCCGUCCGACGACGCCGAGCCUCGAGCCCAAAUCCAUCGAUUUUCCGCGUCUGGAGCAGCACGUGGGAAGCCCGCGCGAGCACACCGAUUCGGCCGGAAACGUCGAUUAUGUGCACGAGCGAAUCGAACGGUACAAUGCCUACGGGGGUCAGUUUUUUUUUUGGCGAUGUGGACCUGAAAACUGACGAUUUUUCAGCGAACGCCGCCCACGAUUCUCAGCAUCACGUCGAGAAGCAUUCGAAUACCGUCGUUGCUCAUGGACACGCUCACGACGAGGCCCAUAUGGUGCAUCGCGCAAGUGUGGUGUAUGAUGAGCCGAGCAGAGAGAUUGUGUAUGAUGUUCCGCAGGAUCAGGGUGAGUUGUGAUUUCCUAGGCUGGCCUAACUUUGUCGGUACAUGUUUCUAGGUGGCCUAGGUUUUCCUAUGGUUCAUUGGGUGGCCUAACUUUCCCUAUAAACAACUCAGAGAAUUUUAAGCAAGGGUGCGGCACGUAGCGAGCAAGUUGCUGCACAGAACAGCACGCGCGCAGCAAUUUGAAUGCGAGCCUGUAUCGAGCACGUGAGCAGCACAGUAGCAGCACACAGUCAGCAUGGGUUGAGCAUGGAUGCGGCAAGCAAACGAUAUAACGGGAAAGUGAGGAAGCAAUCUCGAAAUGCGAUCUCGAAAAUUGCAAAGAAUAGCAUGGGUGCCGACUCCAGUCGGCACCCAUGCUGUUCUGUGCAGCAACUUGCUCGCUACGUGCCGCACCCUUGCUAAAAAUUCUCUGAGAACUUGGAACAACAGUUUCUCUUCCAGAACACCACAUCCAUCACCAUCAUCAUCAUUACCAUCAUGACGAUGAAGUCGUUCAUCUGAAUCACGACUCUGCGCACACAAAUCAGACGGAGCAAGAGCUCCAAUAUCAGUUGGCUCAAACGAAUCAGGCGAUUCGGCACAUGAGCAAGAGCAAUAAAUGGGCCGAGCAUGACGAAAAUAAGACGUUUGUCAAGGUCGAAGACUAGUUUUUCCAAUUCGUGGCCUAACUUCUCCUCUUCCAGGCCACCUCCACGACUGUCCUUCAUCACUCGAACUCGCUGAAUCGCCAGAACAUUCCGCCGCCGUUGAACAUUCACAAUAGCAGUACUGUAGCGCAUACCGUAACCCCCAUCACACGCACUUUUUUCACAGACACUCACCAACACGUUCACUACGAAGACGAGGACUUUGAGAACCAGAACGAGCAGAUGCGCACCUCGAAAUCGAUGACCUCGUUAGAUUAUUCGCCGGUCAGCGUCGGACAUGUCAAAAGUUUGGCGAAGCUUUUCAAGUACCAUUUAUUGGUGUCUUUCUUUGGAAAACGUGUGGUUUUCAGUAAGCACGACGAGAAGCCGAUCACCACAGAGCAAGUGAUCUAUCGAGUUCGGCCGGCGCCACCGGGCCAUCAUUUCCAGCAAGGUUAGUGGGUGGGGCACUUCGGCCACACCCUCGGAUACUUUCAGAAGUGAAGCCGCGGCCACGCUCUCUGCCACGCAUCCCGAUGGACGAGGUGGAGCUGCACGAGCACGGCGAACAAGAUCAUCUGAGCCGUCGGCACCAUGAGAUUGGCGGCGGAGUCGUUGGGCACGGAGUGACGGUCGGUUCGACGAUCCAUGUGACGAACAGCACGUCUUCGGGGCCUCAUCACAACACUCACUACCAUCAGCGUCGCGAUUCGGACGAGCCGACGAUCCGUGUGCGACGGGUGUACAAGGCGCUCGAGGACACUUCGAUGCUCUCGCCAAUCUCGUUGCCCGCCGACGAGAAUAUGUACGAUGUGCCGAGUGAUGCGCGUGCUUUUUGAUUCGGAUAAUCUCUCCAAUAUGUCUAAUCUUUUCCUAAUCCCAUUUCUGUUUUUCAUACUUCUUGUUCCAUGAUAUCAUCAAACGUUUUCCAUGCAAACGCUCCUCUGUAACUCUUUUGUUUUAGAGGGGUUCAUUACAAAAAUGCCACUCUUUCGGUCUCUUGUGGACGAGAUCCCAGAGAUCUCAGCGAAACGACACCAACAACAGCCGCCGACGAGAGAAAGAGAAGUACUCUCUCUCUCUCUCUCUCUCUUUCUCUUCUUGUUGACGGGAUGGGAAUGCCGAAUGCGCAAAGGGCGAGCGAGAGAGAGAGAGAGAGUGGAGAGAAGCAGAAGAGGAAGAAGGGAGCGAGAGAAAUGUUUAUAUAAAUACAUUGUUAGUUUCUCUCUCUCUCUCUCUCUUUCUCUCUCUGUUUCGCUCCAGAGAAACAGAAACAUAGAGGGCCUGAAAAUUGUGAAAGAGAGCGCCCGCGUCUACGUCUCUUUUACCCUCCAACUCUCUCGCUCUCUCUCUUUCGUUACUCGCGCGCUCCGGAGCGAAAGAACGAGAAAGAGAAGGAGAAGCCUGAUGAAUUGAGUGCAUUCCUCCGUCUCUCUCUCUCUUCCUCUUCUUCUUCAUUACGAAAAGGACAUAAUCCUCGCACCCUCCACCCACCCACCCACCCACACUUUUUCACAGACUUUUUAUGCUCUCGGUGGUCCUCAAAAAAAUCGCUAGAAACCGUAAAUUGUGUGACGAUUUGAUGCGCAAAUGUUCGAGAAACCAAGGUCAAUUGGGCCUCGUCACGAAAAUCUAAAGCACUUGACUUUUGAACGUUUUCGCCGGAAAUUGCUAGCAUUUCCGUCGAAAACGCAUUCAUCCGCAAUGAGAUAUUGAGGGAUUGCACAAAAAACACACAAAAAGCAUGUGACACACUUUUAUUUUAUUGCUGUUUUUUUUUAAACAAAACUCUUCCGUUUUUUUUUUUGUAAUCUAGAUUCUAGACGAAUCGAAAUUUCCCCAGAGGGAUUUCGGAUUUUCAAACAAAAAACAAACGAGAAUAUUUUGUUUCGACGACGCCCACCAAAAUUCACUUGGGAAAAAGAGAAAAGAUACAAACGGAAAAAAAAAUUUUUUAGGCCAAUCUCAUCUAUUAAUAAUGAGCUUCUUCUCCCCGUUUUUCGUGUCUCCAAAAAGGAUGUGCCGGAGCGAAACGAAAAAAAAAACAAACACAAACUUUUGCGGCCGGCUUUGGAAUGCCAGAAUUUUUUUUUAUCGGGCAGAAGAUUGAUUCGGUGACUGAUUUAUGCGUAACGGAAGAUUCCCCGGAGAGAGAAAUGGAAAAAGUUCGCGGAUUUUCCGCACUUUUCAACGAUAAUCUCAAAAAAAUGCUGGCUCUUCCUCUUUUACUUCUUUUUUUAUGUCUUUUCUCUCUUGCCUUUUCCUCUAAAUCGCCACGCAAUUAGGCCGUCACUUAUUCCCCGCCGUUUUUCUCUCUUUUUCUCUUUCUCUUCCUCCUCCUCCACUAUUCUCGGCGCUCAACGAUCGGAACUGAACAUAUUUUCUUUGCUCCUUUGUCAAAAAUUGCAGUUUUUGACAUGCAAAUUGGAGGUUUUAAAAAUCGAUUGGUUUCGAGGUCCCGUAAACUGUCGACUGCUUGAUUCGCCGGCCGGCGGCGCGCUCUCCAUGCCGUCUUUUUGUGUCUCUUUGUUAGUUUAGAUCAUAAUGAACUCAUUCCCAAGAAAUCAAGUGAAAUGAAUCAGUUUUCUUCCGACAGCACGCAUCUGUAGGCUCGGAACAGCACAAGAGCGCGCGGACGGCGCCAAAACGUUUUUAUGCAGAAUCCCAGAAAUUCUUGCCAGUUUUUUGCUGCUCCUUGUCAGUUUUGAUCAUAAAAAACGCAUUCACAAAGAGAACGAGUAAGAUGAAUCAGUAUUUCUUCGGCGGCACGCGCCUAAAGUUCGUAAAAAAAGCUCGGCGCCCUGGCCUAGUAUUUUUCGUUCAGCCGGCAUAUCUCGGUACCGGAUGAUCCGAUCGGUCUGAAACUCGGACCCAAUCCGCUUCAAUCCAAGUUCACGAAUCCUGCAAAGUUUGGGCCCGAUCGGAUCAUUGUAAGUGGGUCAAAAGUCCACGCCUUCGAAAAGCCUGUUCCGAAAUUUGCCAAACUUUUCUAUUGCCAACACAUAAACAUUCUUGCACUUCUCAUUCAUUUAUCUAUUUUUGUCACUCGUUGUCUGCGUCUCCGAACAUUUUUUCCACGUGGAAUCGAAGUUUAAUCUCCGCUGAUCCGUUUCCGAUUUCCGAUUGUUGAAAAUUGAAAAUUUCGAGAGAUUACCCGUCACGAUUAGGCAAGAUUUAUCAGGAUUUUCACUGAAUUCCUCAUUUCCGCCCAAAAAAGAGAGAAAUGUUUACUCGUCGUCCCUUUUUCUUGCCUAUUUGCACAUAAUCUUAUUACGGAACAAAGAAGGAAGGGAAAAGAAAAAAGAAAUCGAUACGACUGGAUUUUCCCGAAUUUUUCACCAAAAAAGUAAAAUUUGCAAUCGGAAACUUUCGCUUUCGCACAUUUCGAACGCACUUAUUUUUGGCUUUUCUCCAAAAAGUAUCCAUUUACACUGAAAAAUCUCUGUUUAUUCUUGCCUCGCCAUCAUUUUAUUGCCGAGCCGUUUUCAGUCGAACAAACAUUGCUUUUCAUGGGAAUUGUUUGCACAAAAGCCCCACAUUUUGCCACUUUCAGCAUUUCCGUCUGAAAAUGCCCGAUUUGGAAGUGAACGGUGAUGUCUUCGAGCAGAAUGGCGGACGUUCGGACAGUCUGAAGGCCGAGGAGGCGAGCGCGCUGCGUGAGUGGGAUCCGAAAGUGUUGCUGUCGGCGCUUUACGAAAUUUCCUACGAGCCACGUGUCGAGACGAAACGCAAUCGAUUUGUGACAAUGGAAGGACAUGUCGAGGUUCUUUCUUUUUAAAACUAUUAUUUUCUGUCCCGCUCUUUUCGAGGGGACUCCAAAAAUUGGUUGUAAUCGCAGCGGCCGAUUUCGCGCGGGUUCCGCGCCUCGCUAUAGAAAGUCAUUAAAUAAUUCAAAUUUUCUCCAGGUUCCGGCCGACGAAACGACAAAAGCGGACGGUCUCGACAACGAGGGAUGGAUGAAGCAGUACAUUCGGAUGAAAGAGGGCCGCCUUCAAAUAUUCGCCACUCACUACGCAGGCGAGGCGGCCGCCCAGGAGCUCGUGCUCUCCGGCGCCGACGUCGACGCGAACAAGGACGAGCGGACGUUGACGAUCCACGGCGGAAGGGAACACGUCAAGUACUACUGCCGGGUUCCCUCCGCGGUCUUCGACAAGUGGCGCCAUUCGUUUCUCUCGCACUGCGCCUCCGCGCUCAUCGACGCCUACGUCAAGCCUAUCCCGCGUGCUUUUCAGCACCUCACCGAACGGGUUCUGAUCCUCGAGCUCGGUUCGUGCUCCAUCCGCGCCGGAGUGCUCACCACCGAGCCCUCGCUUCCGCAGUCCUUUUUCCCGGCCAUCGGAGUGCGCACCUACGACGGAAAAGUGUUCGUCGGCGAAGAAGCGUACCAGCCUGACAUCCGACAUAACGGCGAUUUCGUAAGGCCGAUUUCCGCACAAGACCCGUCCGUGGAACGGUAUUCGAUCGAUCGACAAGUUCUGCGAGCGGCCAUUGACAAAGUGGUGCGCGAGCUGAAAGUGGAGCCGUUCAAGUACAAAUUGCUGUUGAGCAUUCCGCAAAACAUUCCGAGCGCCCUAAUCGGCGAACUUCUUCACAUUUGUCUAGAAGACGUCAAGUUCCAGGUAAUUUAUAGAAUUCUAAAAUAGUUCCUCAUUGCUUCUACUUUUAGGCGGCCGCAAUAACUCGCCAACCGUCGCUGAUUCUGUACGCGUACGACGUGACGACCGGAGUCGUCGUGGACAUCGGAGAGCGUGUGAACAUCGUGCCGGUCAUCGACGGAUACGUCGUCGAGUCGGCGAUCUGCUCGAUUCCGUACGGAUCCCAGCAGAUGGGCGAUUCGCUGAGAGCGUCGUUGAGUGCAAGAAACAAGGGACUCUACGCGUUCCAGUCCCCAGUGGAGAAACUGAUUUUGAGAUAUGCUUUGGAGCAGGUAAAUUUCUUUUUUUUACUAGUCUAAUUGAACUUUUUCUUUUCCAGACGACCUACGUGCCGGAAGACUAUCAAAAAGAGGAGAAAACCGAGAACAAGGAGACGCGAAUUUCGUUGGACGCGUUCGCGCCGGUGGCCGGAAUGCAGACACGCUUCGACAUUGACAACUCGCGGUUUUUGUGCACCGAGGGACUGUUCAAGCCGAAAAAGUGGGGUCUCGACACGAAAGGACUGCACCAGCUGAUCCACGAGUCCAUUCUGCAGAGCCCCAUCGACAGCCGGCGCACGCUUUAUCGGUAAUUUGGCGAGACAUUCGUGGCGAGACGUAAAUUUUUGAAAUUGUUUUCAGAAACAUUUACCUGGCCGGCGGAGCGUCACUAAUGCCCGGAUUGGCUGAAAAACUGGAGCAAGAGCUGUCGACGGUGGUUCCGAAUACAAUUCACACGCAGGUCAACAUCAGUCCGUGGCGAUACAAUGCCGCCUAUCUUGGAGCACAGGUUUUGCUCUUUUUUUCUUGAAAUGUAGGCCAAAAUUUACUUCCAGAUCGUCGCAUCCGCCUCAACGUUCGAAGAUCAGUGCAUCACGCUCCAGCAACUUCCGAAAUUCCUGGCACAACUUCAGGCGUCCUCAUUCUAA